UUCGCCUUUCCUAAAUGUUUCAAAUCUGUUGUUUGUUCUUUAAUGUGUACUAUCAUUAGUUAUACCUAAGUUCGGUGGAGCGAAUCGUGAGAGAUAAUAGUUCAAAGAUUAUCAGCGGGCAAUAUAUGUUAAAAUUAUUUAUGGUUGCAAAAUGAGGUGGUCAGGCAAGUGGUUCUAUUUAUGCUUAAUUUUUACUUUUGGUGGACUGCUUUCUUUUAAUGGAGGAGGAUACGCGACUGUACAUGCAAUGAUUAUAGCAUGUGAAACGCCGAAUAAUGAUACUGGAAUUUGUCUCGAAAUUCGAAUGUGUCCUGUCCUCUUCAAUCAACUGAUGAACAAGGAAUCCUGGCCAUUUUUACGAGCUUCCCAAUGUGGACAAGAAGGAGAAACCACACCAAAAGUAUGCUGCGGAAAAUAUGGCAACUUCAGAAAUGUCAACAAGAAUAUUGCGGAAGAUGAUGUUUUACCGAAACAUUGCGGUCGUCAGGAAGACCUGCUUCUCCACGACAGAAUAAUAGGCGGUAGAAGAGCUUCUAUAGGAGAAUAUCCUUGGAUGGCUCUUCUGUUGUACAGAAAUAAGUAUGGUCAAAAUGUUCUUGGAUGCUCUGGUUUUUUGAUACAUACCAAAUACGUCGUCACAGCAGCCCAUUGUACACAUGCCAAUGUUAUUAAGCAAAAAGGACCGAUAGUUUCGGUUUUGCUAGGAGAACACGAUAUUAAAACGAGAACAGAUUGUUCAGGAACAGUCUGCGUCAAAAACAUUCAAAAUAUUAGGAUCGACAAAAUGAGCACACAUCCUGAAUAUAAUCCAACUGAUAUAUCGCAAUAUAAUGAUAUAGCCAUUAUACAAUUAAAGGAAAACGCCCUUUUGACAGACUAUGUCCAACCCAUUUGUCUGGUAGAUGACGACAAUGAAACUCCUGUUAGUUAUUUCUUAAGUGGAUGGGGUAGAACUGAAAACAACUCGUACAGCAAAGUGAAAUUGUUCGUCCAAAUAUCGGCGUUCAAUAAAACGAAAUGUGUAGAAAAAUAUUCUUCAAGCAAUAUCAAACUCAAGGACACUCAGAUAUGUGCCGGGGGUGAAGAUCAAAAAGAUAGCUGCAGUGGAGACUCCGGAGGCCCGUUGAUGAUAUCCAGUGAUGACCAAACCUGGUAUGCUGCGGGGAUUGUGAGUUUUGGGAUGGGGUGCGGGAUGAAGGGAUGGCCUGGAGUGUACACGAACAUAGCCAAGUUCCUGCCCUGGCUUAAGUCUGAAAUGGCACAAUAGAACCAAAACUGUAGAAAGCAACAGCACCAUAGACUCGGUACGCAGAAAAUUUGUUGCUUUGCACACGAUACUCAAGACGAAAAAAUAUAGUUUAAUUAAUUAAAUUAAUGUAAGUACUACCGGGUGUCUUGAAAUUAAUGCAACAAA